GGGGAGCCCGCACCGCCGCGCCCGGGCAGCGAGUGAUGAUCACCUAAGAGGCCGGCGCAGGCGGGCGUGAGUGGCGGAGGAGCCGGGCGCGGCGACACGCGGCCAUGGAGCGGGAACCGGCGGGGACCGAGGAGCCCGGGCCUCCGGGACGACGGCGGCGGCGCCGGGAGGGCAGGACGCGCACGGUGCGCUCCAACCUGCUGCCGCCCCCGGGCGCCGAGGACCCUGCGGCUGGCGCGGCCAAGGGCGAGCGGCGGCGGCGGCGCGGGUGCACCCAGCACCUGGCCGACAACCGGCUCAAGACCACCAAGUACACGCUGCUGUCCUUCCUGCCCAAGAACCUGUUCGAGCAGUUCCACCGCCCGGCCAACGUGUACUUCGUCUUCAUCGCGCUGCUCAACUUCGUGCCGGCGGUGAACGCCUUCCAGCCCGGCCUGGCGCUGGCGCCGGUGCUCUUCAUCCUGGCCAUCACGGCCUUCAGGGACCUGUGGGAGGACUACAGCCGCCACCGCUCCGACCACAAGAUCAACCACCUGGGCUGCCUGGUCUUCAGCAGGGAAGAAAAAAAGUACGUGAACCGAUUCUGGAAAGAAAUCCACGUGGGAGACUUUGUGCGUCUUCGCUGCAACGAAAUCUUCCCUGCGGACAUUCUGCUGCUCUCCUCCAGCGACCCCGACGGGCUGUGCCACAUCGAGACUGCCAACCUGGACGGAGAGACCAACCUGAAGCGGCGGCAGGUGGUCCGCGGCUUCUCGGAGCUUGUCUCCGAGUUCAAUCCUUUGACGUUCACCAGCGUGAUCGAAUGCGAGAAGCCAAACAACGACCUGAGUAGGUUUCGCGGCUGCAUCAUACAUGACAACGGGAAAAAAGCCGGGCUAUAUAAAGAAAACCUGCUGCUGCGGGGCUGCACCCUCAGGAACACGGACGCUGUCGUCGGCAUCGUCAUCUACGCAGGACAUGAAACCAAGGCUCUGCUGAACAACAGCGGGCCCCGCUACAAGCGCAGCAAGCUGGAGAGGCAGAUGAACUGCGACGUGCUGUGGUGUGUCCUCCUCCUUGUUUGCAUGUCUCUGUUUUCAGCAGUCGGACAUGGACUGUGGAUAUGGCGGUAUCAAGAGAAGAAGUCAUUAUUUUAUGUCCCCACAUCCGAUGGAAGCUCCUUAUCCCCAGUCACAGCUGCAGUUUACUCAUUUUUAACAAUGAUAAUAGUCCUGCAGGUUUUGAUCCCAAUUUCCUUAUACGUUUCCAUUGAAAUUGUUAAAGCAUGCCAAGUGUACUUCAUUAACCAGGACGUACAGUUGUAUGACGAAGAAACAGACUCGCAGCUGCAGUGCCGAGCUUUGAACAUCACGGAAGACUUAGGGCAGAUACAGUACAUUUUCUCAGAUAAAACUGGCACUCUGACAGAGAAUAAGAUGGUUUUCCGAAGAUGCACCGUGUCUGGUGUAGAAUAUUCUCAUGAUGCAAAUGCGCAGCGUCUGGCCAGGUACCAGGAGGCUGACUCGGAGGAGGAAGAGGUGGUGCCCAGAGGGGGCUCGGUGUCCCAGCGCGGCAGCAUCGGGAGCCACCAGAGUGUCCGGGUGGUGCACCGAACCCAGAGUACCAAGUCCCACCGGCGCACGGGCAGCCGGGCCGAGGCCAAGAGGGCCAGCAUGCUGUCCAAACACACAGCCUUCAGCAGCCCCAUGGAGAAGGACAUCACGCCUGACCCGAAGCUGCUGGAGAAGGUGAGCGAGUGUGACAAGAGCCUAGCCGUGGCGAGGCACCAGGAGCAUCCACUGGCCCACCUCUCGCCCGAGCUGUCUGACAUCUUUGAUUUCUUCAUCGCACUCACCAUCUGCAACACAGUCGUCGUCACGUGCCCGGAUCAGCCACGAACAAAGGUGAGGGUGAGGUUUGAGCUGAAGUCCCCCGUGAAGACGAUAGAGGACUUCCUGCGGAGGUUCACACCCAGCUGCCUGACCUCUGGCUGCAGCAGCAUCGGGAGCCUGGCCGCCAACAAGUCCAACCACAAGUCGGGCUCCAGCUUCCUGUCCACCCCGUCCAGCGAUGGCAUGCUUCUCAGGCUGGAGAGCCUGGGCCAGCCCACUUCGGCCAUCACCAGCAACGGCUACAGCAGCCAGGCGGAUGACUGGGCCUCGGAGCUUGCCCAGGAGCAGGAGCCAGAGCGUGAGCUGCGGUACGAGGCCGAGAGCCCGGAUGAGGCGGCGCUGGUGUAUGCGGCCAGAGCCUACAACUGCGUGCUCGUGGAGCGGCUGCACGACCAAGUGUCUGUGGAGCUGCCCCACCUGGGCAGGCUCACCUUCGACCUCCUGCACACACUGGGUUUCGACUCCAUCCGCAAGAGGAUGUCAGUGGUGAUCCGGCACCCGCUUACCAAUGAGAUCAACGUCUACACCAAGGGGGCCGACUCAGUGGUCAUGGAUCUCCUGCAGCCCUGCUCUUCAGAAAGGAGUAAGAUUCUCCCACCUCCAAGAACCAGUGAUCACUCCCUUGAAGGCUCCGUCACCCCCAUGGAGAAUGCAGCAUGGCCAGUCGACGCCAGAGGGAGGCAUCAAAAAAAGAUCCGGAGCAAAACUCAGAAUUACCUCAACCUGUAUGCGGCGGAAGGCCUGCGCACCUUGUGCAUCGCCAAGAGGGUUCUGAGUAAAGAAGAGUACGCCUGCUGGUUGCAAAGCCACCUAGAAGCAGAGUCCUCCCCGGAAAACAGCGAGGAGCUCCUCUUCCAGUCUGCCAUUCGCCUGGAGACGAACCUGCACCUGUUAGGUGCCACUGGGAUUGAAGACCGCCUGCAGGAUGGAGUCCCUGAAACUAUUUCUAAAUUGCGUCAAGCGGGCCUGCAGAUUUGGGUUCUCACUGGUGACAAACAAGAAACCGCCGUCAACAUUGCGUAUGCCUGCAAACUGCUGGACCACGACGAGGAGGUCAUCACCCUGAACGCCACGUCCCAGGAGGCGUGUGCAGCCCUGCUAGACCAGUGCCUACGCUACGUGCAGUCCAGAGGCCUCCAGAGAGCCCCUGAGAAGACCAAGGGCAAAGUGAGCAUGAGGUUCUCCUCUCUCUGCCCACCCUCCAUGUCCACUGCCUCUGGCCGCAGUCCCAGCCUCGUGAUCGAUGGGAGAAGCCUGGCCUACGCUCUCGAGAAAAACCUGGAGGACAAAUUCCUCUUUCUUGCCAAGCAGUGCCGCUCCGUCCUCUGCUGCCGGUCGACGCCUCUGCAGAAGAGCAUGGUGGUGAAGCUGGUGCGGAGCAAGCUCAAGGCCAUGACCCUGGCCAUAGGUGACGGAGCCAAUGAUGUCAGCAUGAUCCAGGUGGCAGAUGUGGGUGUGGGAAUCUCCGGCCAGGAGGGUAUGCAGGCAGUGAUGGCCAGCGACUUUGCGGUGCCGAAAUUCCGAUACCUGGAGAGGCUCUUGAUUCUUCACGGGCAUUGGUGCUACUCCCGACUUGCCAACAUGGUGCUGUACUUCUUCUACAAAAACACAAUGUUCGUGGGCCUCCUGUUUUGGUUCCAGUUUUUCUGUGGCUUCUCUGCAUCUGCCAUGAUUGACCAGUGGUAUCUAAUCUUCUUUAACCUGCUCUUCUCGUCGCUUCCCCCGCUCGUGACUGGGGUGCUGGACAGGGAUGUGCCGGCCAACGUGCUGCAGACCAACCCACAGCUCUACAAGAGUGGCCAGAACAUGGAGGAAUACCGGCCGCGAACGUUCUGGUUUAACAUGGCCGACGCCACCUUCCAGAGCCUGGUUUGCUUUUCCAUUCCUUACCUGGCCUACUAUGACUCGAACGUGGACCUGUUCACCUGGGGGACCCCUAUCGUGACGAUCGCACUGCUCACCUUCCUGCUGCACCUCGGCAUUGAGACCAAAACCUGGACCUGGCUCAACUGGAUAACGUGUGGCUUCAGUGUCCUUUUGUUUUUCACCGUGGCUUUGAUUUACAACGCGUCUUGUGCCACGUGCUAUCCUCCGUCCAACCCUUACUGGACUAUGCAAGCCUUACUGGGUGACCCAGUGUUUUACUUGACUUGCCUGAUGACACCUGUCGCUGCACUGCUGCCCAGAUUGUUUUUCAGAUCCCUCCAGGGGAGCGUUCUCCCCACCCAACUUCAGCUGGCACGUCAGUUGGCCAGGAAGUCCCCCAGGAGACACAGGACUCCCAAAGAGACCUUUGCUCAGGGAUGCCUCCCGAAGGACUCAGGAACCGAGCACUCAGCAGGGAGGACCGUCUCUGUGCCCCUGUCCCAGCCUUCUUGGCACACACAGCAGCCAGCCUGCUCCCCAGAGGCCAGCGGGGAGCCCAGCACGGUGGACAUGAGCAUGGCAUUGAGGGAGCACACCCUGCUGGAAAGGCUGAGUGCACCGGCGCCCAGGUCCUCCACGCCAGGGGAUGCUGUCCCGGGAGGGUGUCCUGAGGAGUCCAAGGUGAGAGCUGCCAGCACCAGCAGGGUGACCCCGCUGUCUUCCCUCUUCAGCCUGCCCACCUUCAACUUACUCAACUGGAUUUCCUCCUGGUCACUGGUCAGCAGGCUGGGGAGCGUCCUACAGUUCGCCCGGACGGAGCAGCUUGCCAAUGGACAAACGGGACGUGGACUUGCUGUCCAGCCCCACUCAGGCCGAUCAGGACUUCAGGGGCCGGACCACAGACUACUUAUAGGAGCAUCUUCAAGGCGGUCGCAGUGAAAACCUUGAAAUGGCCUUUUUUAAUAUAUAUAAAUAAAUGUUAAUAUUAUUUAUGUUUAUUAUUUGCACAGAAGAGUUCUAGGGAGAUGUAUUCCUAAAUGUUUCCCAGGCUAAUACAGGAAACAAGAGGUACCAAAAAAGAAAGUUUAUUUUUUAAAGUUCUGAGUAGAGUAUAUUGAAAAAGAAGAGCUUUAACAUAUAUAAAAGUUUAAAGAAGAGUGACAGUUGAAAAGUGUGUUUAGAUUUAUUUUUUCAUCUCAUUUUUAAGAACAAGCAGUGUGAUUUGCUUUCUUCAACGUGCAUGGCCCUGCUUUCCCUGGGUACAAACGUGUGACCGCUCAUAGUGAAUGCAGGCAGGUGCGAACACGGGGGAGCAGUGAGCAGAGAUGGCAGAGGGCACAGCACGUGGCCCCCAGACGCAGAGUCCCCCACGGGCUUCCAGUCCCACCGACACAGGAGGGCUGGGCUCUGCUUUAUCCAGGUGAGGGAAAGCAGACCUCAGGAAACAUUCAUGGUUGCGUGCAUCCCAGCAUUCCAUUCCGGGCAGGCAUUUCACGAAGACCACUUAGGUGUUACAGCCUGGUGUAGUAUUUUGCCUGUUAAAUCAUAACAAGCAAUAAACAACCUUCACUUUGCAA